AAGGAUACAUAAUUUUCACUUGUCCAUAAUAUAACAACGUUAUACAAAGUGUAGAAUAUUUUAUUAAAUUUUAUUUUUAGGAACAUAUUACAAUGUGAGUGUAUUAUGCAAAAGUAAAAAUGGAGUUUUAAGUGUUUGCGAAAAUCUACGAAGGAUUUAAAAGGCUUUUGAAAAUGGCAUUGAAAAACCGAGUACUGUUUGCUUGUGUGUGUCUCCUGGGAUUAAUAUAUUGCAGUAAAGGCCGAACUGCGAAACGUUCGGAUGUUUACAUUGCCGGUUUCUUUCCAUACGGCGAUGGAGUGGAGAAUUCCGAUACAGGCCGCGGUGUUAUGCCCAGCGUUAAAUUGGCACUUUCCCAUGUGAAUGAACAUCCCACAAUUUUAAUUAAUUAUCGGCUGCACAUGUGGUGGAAUGACACGGAGUGCAAUGCCGCAGUUGGUGUUAAGUCCUUCUUCGAUAUGAUGCACUCAGGUCCCAAUAAGUUGAUGCUCUUCGGAGCUGCUUGUACACACGUAACAGAUCCUAUAGCCAAGGCCAGUAAGCACUGGCAUUUGACACAAUUAUCGUACGCCGAUACUCAUCCCAUGUUUACGAAAGACGCAUUUCCCAACUUCUUUCGUGUAGUACCAUCGGAGAAUGCUUUUAAUGCGCCACGUCUGGCAUUACUUAAGGAAUUCAAUUGGACGCGUGUCGGCACAUUGUAUCAAAAUGAACCACGCUAUUCCUUGCCACAUAACCAUAUGGUAGCCGAUCUUGACUCAAUGCAAUUGGAAGUGGUUGAGACACAAAGUUUUGUUAACGAUGUAAACGAACCACUGAAGAAAUUACGCGAAAAGGAUGUACGCAUUAUUCUUGGAAAUUUUAAUGAGCAUUACGCACGCAAAGUCUUUUGUGAAGCUUAUAGAUUGGAAAUGUAUGGGCGUUCUUAUCAGUGGCUGAUUAUGGCUACCUAUUCAACGGAGUGGUGGAAUGCAACAAUCGAUACCGAGUGUACGGUGGAUGAGAUUGCAACCGCACUUGAAGGCACCAUUCUGGUUGACUUGCUACCUCUGUCAACAAGUGGUGACAUAACCGUUGCCGGGAUUACUGCCGAUGAGUAUCUCUCGGAAUACGAUAGUUUGCGCGGUACCGAAUAUUCCCGCUUUCAUGGUUAUACUUACGAUGGAAUUUGGGCAGCUGCGUUGGCUAUUCAAUAUGUUGCGCAGAAGCGAGAAGACUUUCUAACGCAUUUUGAUUAUCGUGUAAAAGAUUGGGAGCUUGUGUUUUUAGAAGCGCUCCGGAAUACUUCAUUCGAAGGAGUUACGGGUCCCGUACGUUUCUACAACAACGAGCGCAAAGCCAACAUUCUCAUUACACAAUUUCAAUUGGGUCAAGCAGAAAAGAUUGGUGAAUAUCACUCGCAAUUAAGUCACUUGGAUUUAACUUUGGGAAAACCAGUAAGAUGGGUGGGAAGAACUCCACCAAAGGACCGUACAUUAAUAUACAUUGAGCACAGCCAAGUGAACUUAACCAUUUAUAUAGUAUCAGCGAGCGCUUCGGUGAUUGGCAUCAUAGUGGCCUGCGUUUUCUUAGCUUUUAAUAUAAAAUAUCGAAAUCAAAGAUAUAUAAAAAUGUCAAGUCCACAUCUCAAUAAUCUCAUAAUCAUUGGUUGUAUGCUCACAUAUAUGAGUGUUAUAUUUCUGGGCUUGGACACCACCUUGAGCAGUGUGGCUGCAUUCCCCUACAUAUGCACAGCACGCGCGUGGAUACUUAUGGCCGGCUUCAGUUUGGCGUUUGGUGCGAUGUUUUCGAAAACAUGGCGUGUGCACUCCAUAUUCACCGAUCUAAAGCUAAAUAAAAAAGUCAUAAAGGACUAUCAAUUGUUUAUGGUAGUGGGUAUAUUAUUGGCCAUUGAUAUUGCUAUUAUAACGACAUGGCAAGUAGCCGAUCCCUUCUAUCGUGACACUAAACAAUUAGAACCAAGGCAUCACGAGUCAAUGGACGAUGUUUUGGUUAUACCUGAAAAUGAAUACUGCCAAUCAGAGCAUAUGACGAUAUUUGUUAGUAUAAUAUAUGCUUAUAAAGGCCUGCUACUGGUAUUUGGUGCUUUCCUGGCUUGGGAGACACGUCAUGUUUCCAUUCCGGCCUUAAAUGACUCGAAACAUAUUGGAUUUUCCGUUUACAAUGUCUUCAUAACAUGCAUCGCCGGUGCCGCUAUUUCGUUGGUGCUCUCCGAUCGCAAGGAUUUAGUUUUUGUCUUACUCUCAUUUUUUAUAAUUUUUUGUACGACAGCAACAUUAUGUUUGGUGUUCGUACCGAAAGUAAGACUGGUACUAGUCGAACUGAAACGCAACCCACAAGGUGUCGUUGAUAAGCGCGUACGCGCCACCUUGCGUCCAAUGUCGAAAAAUCGACGCGAUUCAUCCGUCUGUGAAUUGGAGCAACGCCUACGUGAUGUGAAAAACACGAAUUGCCGAUUCCGCAAAAUUCUUAUGGAGAAAGAAAAUGAACUGCAAGCUCUUAUAAGAAAACUUGGACCUGAAGCUCGCAAGUGGAUUGAUGGCGUCACAUGUACUGGCGGUAUUGGCGGGGACUCGGAACCAAUACUCAAUGAUACAGCUAGAUUGUCUGCACCGCCAGUACGACGGGAAAUGCCCAGCACAACAGAAGUAACGGAACUUACUUCAGUUGACAGCGUAACUUCUACACACGUGGAAAUGGACAGCUCCAUGGUUUCAGUACAGUCAACGACAAUCGCUCCAUCCUUGCCACCUAAAAAGAAGUCCAUGAAGUCUUUAACACAAAUCCAAGAUGGUAUGGUCCAAUCCACCGGCUUAGUUACUGGAUCGAAUUCGCUUCAAAAACAAACUCAAAUGCAAUCAAUGCAACCCAUACAACAACAAUUACAGCAACAACUACAACAACAACAACCACCAUUGCAAGCUGUAAAGCAUGAUGAUCUCACUUACCGGAGACCGGGAGAGAAACGAAACUCCGUUUCAGCUCAAACCGAUCCCAUACCGAGUAUGAAAAAGCAAGAAUGCAACAAUAUCAAAAGAAGCGAAGAUUCACAAUUGCGGGAGCGCCGGCAAUCAGUGGCGUCCAGGCACUAUGACAGUGGAAGUCAGACUCCAACCGCCUAUCCAAAGACCGCACAUAAUCAUAGGAACUCCGCUACAAAUAUUUCUAAUUCCAAUAACGAUCUAAACGGUUCUUGUCCCCAUGCUCCAUAUACGAAAAGCAAUAACGUCAUAAAGACACCCACAACAUCGGACAGCCGUCGUGGAACCAACGCCAUGAAAUCCAAUUUUGUGGUCUCACAAAGCGAUCUAUGGGACACCCAUACACUUUCACAUGCCAAGCAACAUUCGCGCCAGUCACCGCGCAACUAUGCUAGCCCACAACGUUGUUCGGAACACAGUCAUAUCAUUCCAUAUAACCAGACUACGUCACCCAUACAACGUUCAGUCUCGGAAAAGAAUCGUAAUAAACAUCGUCAUAAGCCGCAGAAGGGAACGGUAUGCCAAAGCGAAACCGACAGUGAACGUGAACGUGAGCCAACGCCGCCAGCUACGCAAUGCAUUACACAGCGCAAACUCAACAAGAUGAGUAGUAUACAACAUGCUGCACAUCAUCAUUCCUCCCCAAAUGUAGCACCUGAUAAGCAACGCAAGCAUCGAAAUAAAAUCGAAUCGUCAAUUUAUGGUGCUAGUUCGGAGACAGAGUUACUAGAUGGAGAAACAGCAAUAUUGCCCAUAUUCCGAAAAUUGCUCACUGAAAAGAGCCCUAACUAUCGUGGUCGAAAUGUUGUGGGUCAAAGUUGUCCGAACAUAUCCAUCAAAUGCGAUAUUGUGGAGUAUCUUUAGAACAAGAAGAAAUCCAUUACACCAAAAUCUCGUUUAUUGUAUGUGUGAGCUCUGCAAGUUGAUUUAAAUACAAUUUAACUCGGCCUACACCAGAGCAGAGAAAAGUUAGACUAAUAACUAUGUUUUUAAAACUAAAGAAUUCUUUGCAUGGAAUUACUCACAUAUAAUAUGAAUUUAAUUGAAAAUGAUUAUAAAUAAAAACGUAUUCCAAAGAAGAAAAAUUCUUAUGCUUAAGUGUGAUUAUUUUUGUA